AAGAAUCAUCCUCUGCCCUCUUUCCUCUAGUUUUUUCAUUCUACUUUCUUAGUAAAAACCCUAAGGCGAGGGCUUGGUUAAUUCAUCGUUGUAAGGCAGGUGAAAGUGAUGGGCGAAGAAGAAGAGUCGAUUGAGCAAGCGGCUGCUGUGCGGCGCGAGAGGCUGAGAGCUCUGAAAGCAGCGCAAGAGCUCCUCAGUGCUCCUGAGGACCAAGAUAAGCCUGACGAUGCUAAUCCCACUAUGGAAGAAGAUAAUCCCAGCAUGAAAUUCCGAAAUUACCUUCCCCAUGAUAAGGAGCUUCAGGAGGGUAAGCUUGCUCCACCAGUGCUACCAAAGUUUGAAGACCCUGUUGCAGCAGCACCUCCACCAUCAGAGGAGAAAGAGGAUCCAUUUGUAAACAUUGCUCCAAAGAAGCCAAACUGGGACCUUCGAAGGGACGUGCAGAAGAAGCUUGAUAAGCUUGAAAGACGUACACAAAAGGCAAUAUUUAAACUGAUGGAAGAGCAAGAAAAAGAAAAUCAGUUGGCUGAAGAUGGUGGAAAUGUUUCAGAGGACUAGAGUCAGAAUGUAGUUAGGUUUCAUUUGAGCAAAAAGAUGAGUUGAACCCACCAGUUACCAUCUGGAUUACAGUUCAGUGCUGAGUUGAUGAAACAGGAAGAGGACUGGGUCAUCUUGAGGAUGUGCACUAGCCGAACCUUCUCUUUUUAAUAGAGUAACGGGAUUUAAUAUUACGAAAAGUGAGAUGUAGAGUGAAACUACACUGAGGAUUUAAUGUAUCAAGGAGCAGAGGAGAGCCUUUUGUCUUUUAAUUUUAGAUCGAAACAGCUGCACAUUUGAAAUAUAAACUACAGUGCAAGCACACCUUUCCCUACAAGGGCAGUUUGAUUUUAUGAUGGUUUCUACACUACCUAUCGCAGGAAGGUUGGUAUUAGUAGAGCUCAUUCUGCUGUAACAGUAUUUUGUAGUAACACUGACACUACACAAGGUUCUCGAACCUUCCAUGGCUAAAAAGUGGACCUCUUUCAAAGAGGAAUCGGUUCUCUUUC